AUGUAAUCAAUUUUAAUAACUGGAGGGUUAGGAUAUAUUGGAUCAAUUACUAUUACUGAAUUGUAUAAGGCUAUUGGAAAAUAAUACAAAGUAAUUUAAAUACUCAUCUUUAGAUAAUUAUUUUAGAUAAUUUGAGUAAUAGCAAAAUCUAAGUUUUAGAUACUAUUAGUAGUAUAAUAGGUGAAAAAUUAGAUUUGCACAUUGUAGAUAUUCAGAAUUAUAAUGAAUUAAGUGAAGUCUUUAAUAAAUACAAAGAGACAAAUCCAAUUAAUUAUAUUAUUCACUUUGCUGCAUUAAAGGCUGUUGGGGAAUCUGUUGAAAACCCUAUAAAAUAUUAUUAAAAUAAUGUUGUAGGCACUUUGAAUCUAUUAAGAUGUGCUGAAGAGUAUAAAUGUUAGAACUUUUUAUUCAGUUCUUCAGCAACAGUUUAUGCACCUGGUGAAUUUGUAGAUGAAGAAGCUCCAUUUAAACCUUCAAAUCCAUAUGGUGAAACUAAAGUAACAAUAGAAUAUUUGAUAAAAUCAUUAUCAAAGAAGGGAGGUAGAUAUCUAUGUUUAAGAUAUUUUAAUCCUGUUGGAGCAACCAAAGAUGGUAAGCUUGGAGAAAUGCCUAAUAAACCUAACAAUUUAUUUCCUUAUAUAGAAUAAGUAGCUAUAGGUAAUCUUGAAUAAUUAUAUGUUUUUGGAAAUGAUUAUAAUACUCAUGAUGGUACAGGCAUUAGAGAUUAUAUUCAUGUUUUAGAUUUAGCAGAGGCUCAUGUAGUAGCAUUAUAGGAAUUAAUAAAAAGAGAUGAAAAGAAUGAAAAUUAUUAUGAUUAUUUUAAUAUUGGAACAGGUAAAGGAUUUAGUGUUCUAGAUAUUGUGAAUGAAUAUUCAAAACUUGUACCUAUCAAAUAUCAGAUUACUAAUAAGAGAGUUGGAGAUGUUGCUAUAUUAGUUGCUAAUCCAAAUAAAACAAAAGAAAAAUUAGGAUGGAUAGCAAAGAGAGGAUUGACAGAAAUGUGUUAAGACUCAUACAAUUUCAUUAAAUCAAAAUAAUGAUGU